CAUGUACAAACAUUCGAGAGCUUUGCCGACGGUGAAUGACCGUCUCAUACACUGUAGCUGACGUGACCAGCUGAAUAUGCUUCUACUAAACUUGCAGCGGUCACAUUCGGGAAUAAGGAGCUUCUGGGUUUUGCCAAACACUAUGCCCCUGACUACUGAGACAUCCCUGGCUAGCUCCCUACUCAGACGACUGAAAAGAAGAUGCUCUCUUCCUUUGCAUCUCAAUCGCAGCAAUGCCGCGGUCAAGCUUUGCAUACCGCUUGGUAGCGGCCCUCGCUUGCUUCUGGAUCUUCUUUAGUGUGACGCGUCAUGUCAUUUAUACUACACAGGUCCCAGAACAUCUCAUCAGCCACCCAAAUGGAUUCAGACCAGAUGAUGUGAUGCUCAUCAUGAAGUCUGGCCGCGAUGUGCUGCGCGAGCGCCUCCCGCCUCAGCUAGAGACAUUCGCCUCCACCAAGGAAGGCAGAAACAUCAAGAACUCCAUCAUCAUCAGCGACUAUGCAACAAAGAUCGGUAACUAUGAUGUGGUUGAUAUUGUUUCGCACCUCAAAGAUGACCCAGCCGUGAAUACGACCAAAAAGUAUCAAGUUUACCUUGAUGUUCAUGACCGCCUCAAAGCGCACGGGGAGGAACCUCAAUGGGGCAAGGCUCCCGGAACAAAUGACGAGGGCUGGAGUGUGGACGCAAUGAAAAAUAUUCCAGGAUAUCUCUAUGCAUGGGAAACGUAUAAGGCAAAGUGGUACUUUGGCAUUGACGACGAUACCUAUGUCAUUUGGCCGUCCGUGUAUGAGCUUUUGUCGUUGCUUGACCCGGACAAGAAAUCGUACAUCGGAUCGGCAAACAUCCUACUCGUCAACAACGCCGAGUUCAUGCACGGCGGUACCGGUAUCAUCAUCUCGCGAGCGGCGAUGAAAGAGCGCUUCGAAACACAGAAGGACGGAUUGUACAAGUUCAACAAACAUGCGGCUGAGUUGUGCUGUGGUGAUGCUGUUCUCGGUAUGGCCAUGGUAGAUGCCGGCGUCAAAGGGUGGCGUGCCUUUGAAACGUACUUCCACGGAUCUCAUAUCGAGAACAUGGUAUUCAGUGCUGAUCGGGUCUGCUCGCCCAUGCUUGGUCUGCAUCACAUUACACCGUCAGCUAUGCGCUUCCUUCACGAUCGUCUACACGGCCGAGGGAUCAUGACAUGGGCUGAUGUGUUCUUGCGCGUGGCUCCAGAGACGCUCGCGGCGCCGGCACUGCUUGAGCGGCUGAACUGGGACUUCAUUAGGUCUGAUGAUCAAAAUGAUAAGACCUCUGUCAAAUUCACGAAUGAAAAGACUACAGCUGUAUGCCGCGCCACCUGCGAGCAGAAUAGCAACAGUUGUUUGGGCUGGUCCUUUGAUGUCCAGAGCAAGGCGUGCUUGCUCUCGAGUAAGAUUUCACCCGGUAAGGAACGCACAGGGUUCGUUUCAGGCAUCAAUAUGGACAGGCUCGCCCAAUUGCAGGGUGAAUGUGCAAAGCCAGAAAAGGACUGGAGACAAUAUGUAUUGGAGCAAGAUCGCAAGCAUUCCUGAUCUAUGGGCAGCAGUAACCACCGUCUACAAUGAUGUCGGAGCCAGUCGUGUACGUACUUGCUCCACUAGCCAGAUAGAGAUAAGCACC